AUGAAUGUGAAUUGUCAUGCAACUUUCAUUAUACCAUCGCCAAUUGAUAUUCUAUGCCAAGAAUUGAAAAAACUAAGUAAUGAUUCAGAUCGUUUGCAAAUGUUGAUAACAUUAAAAACUCAUUUGAUUAAGCUUACGUUGAAUGCAGAAACACUUUCAUUAUUUUUUAAUUUAUUGAAAGAUGAACAAUAUCGAUUACAAGCAUUUGGACAUUUGCUCACAUGUGAUUGCUCUACAAAUAACGAGAAAGUAAUCGAGAGUUUAACCAAGAGACUGCCGGAUAUGAAUAAAACAUGUUUUAGUCGGAAACAAUCUAUCAAUAAAAAGCCAUCAGUUCAUUCAAACAAAUCUAGUCCUCGACAGCAGACUAUAUUAUCCAGCAGCAUAGAAGAAAAAUCUCAAACAGUUAAUUCAGAAAGAACCAAAUCAAUCAGUAGUAGUUCAUCUACCGGUGUAUUUGAAAAAGCGAAACAAUUUGUUUGUCGAGUAUUUCGUGGUGGUUCAUGCGAGACAAAAAUAAUCGAUUUAACGGUAAAAAAUGAAUAUCAAUCUCCACUGAUUAUAAAUAGCAAAUCACGAAAACGAUCGAUGACAAUCACCAAUGAACAAUCAUUAAAAAAGAGAUGUAAACGAGACGAAGAAGAAGAAAUCUUUUGUAUCACUGAUCAAUUAGCUGAAACAAGUCCAUUACAAGAUAAAAUAGACCUAUUAGAAUUGGCACCAAUCGUUGAUAUCUGGUAUGAGUGUGAUGCUAAUUUUGAUGAACAAGAACAAAAUGUGAUUACAUAUCAAACAGGGAUAAAUGUAGAUGCAGAACAGGAAAACAUAGUAAAAAACAAAUUAGCUUCAUCUGUCGACUUCCAUGCCAGAAUAAUAACAACAGUAGAUCAACGAAAUUCGUCGUCCAAUAAUAAUAAUGAACAGAAAAGGGUGUUGGAUUCAAGUUCAUCAUUAUUUUCUAUGUUUCAACCAACUGCACUUCCUCUGAAUAUAACUCGUAGUUAUACAUCGAUCGUAAAAAAAUCCCGGACCGUAUCACAGAUGAGUCAUGCAGAGCCAAGUAACAUAACCAGUCAAUGGAAUGAAACAAUCAAAACACAUUCUCAACAACAGAUAUUAGCAAGUAGUAUUUCAACUAACACCUUAAAUAAUAUUAAUGAACCGAAAAUAAGUCGUCAGAGUUCAAUAUCAUUUAAUAUUGAAUUUCAAGAAAAUAUUGUUAAUGUCGCUCAGCACGAUCAAAAUAGCGUAUUUUCAGCUGAAAAGAGUAACAACAUGGAAGAACUGAUGCCUGAAACAUCAAUUCCAAAACCAUUGUCGACCUUAAUAUCCAUUAGACCACUUAUAAAUCAACUUAAUUCUGUUUUAGAUGAUAUCGACGCUGUUUUGGAUAAAAUUGAAAUAAAAACCAAUUCAACACUAGAAACAAGAAAUACUAAUUCAAGUAUUCCAACUGAUGCAACGACAUCAGCUAUUCCAGAAAAUGGAAGUUUAGCUUUUAGUGAAAAUCAUCAUAUUGAAGUCGAGCAGCAUAAUGCUUUAGUUCUAAUAAACCACCGGGAAAUUUCUGCCGAGUAUAAUGAAGAAUCAGAAAAUACCACAACAAGUAACAUUCCAUUACUAUCACCACAACAAAUCAGUUUUGAUCAUAUUAAUUUAACAAAUUUCGUGAAUUUUCCAUUAGAAUUAGCUCGACCACUUCGAAUUUUACAACAAAAUUAUCAAGUAAAUGAAGAGAUAGAGUUCACGGAUAGCGGCGAUACAACACAUAUUUUUAAUGAAGAAGAGUUUGAGGAAGAAGAAGAUUUUGCUGAAUAUUUGAUCUCUGAUGAUGAUUUUGAUUCAGAAGCAGAGGAAUUUGAACGUCAUUUAUUAGAACAAGAAGAGUUGAUCAGUACUGAGGAGACAGAUAUACAACAACAAAUGACAGCGACUAGUAGUUCUCCAAUGAAUGGUGCUCCUUUAGUACCGGAUAUGAAUAUACAAGAAAUUCAGUCACCUACUAAUAUGUUAUAUCAAGAAAUCACUGUACCAGUCGUUCUACCAACCUCAUUGCAAAUUAAUCAGCAACAAUCAUCGUAUGUUCCUUCUCAUAGUACAAGUCUGAAUAUAAAUAUAGAUCAUGGUACUGAAGAUGUAUCCAGUCAUGAAAUACAACGUGUUUUUGGUAGUGAUACAUGGACACAAAUGAGUCUUAACGGAUGGAAAUGUUGUGAGGAUAGCGUUCAAUUGAAUAAAAGAAGAAGUGAAGAAGUAGUAGUGACUGUGAGACCAUAUUCAAGUGAACUGUUGCAAGAGAGCAGAAAUGACGAAUUAAAUCGCGUAGGCAAUGAUACUGAUUGUAGCCAACUAAUCGAUCUACAACGAACUUAUAAAACCGAUAAUAACCGCCAGGAAUAA